CUCCCCUGGCCCUUGCAGGAGGGAUCUGGAUACUCCCUCCACACCCUUGGCCAACUUCUCUCUGUGCAGAUUGGUAACCAUACUGCCAAAGGAUAGUCCUCCGGUAGAGGCUCCUCAUCUUUUUGGUGUCACAGACCCCUUUUGCAGUCUGGCCCCCUAAAGGCCUCUUCUCCGAAUCAGCAGUGAUCAUGUCUCAGGAGCCUCUCCAUGUAAAGACCCCCAUCAGGGACAGCAUGGCCCUGUCCAAGGUGGCAGGUGCCACUGUUUACCUCAAGAUGGACAGCACUCAGCCCUCCGGGUCCUUUAAGAUCCGGGGCAUUGGACACCUGUGCAAGACAUGGGCUGAGAGGGGCUGUGACCAUUUCGUCUGCUCCUCAGCUGGCAAUGCUGGCCUGGCUGCAGCCUAUGCUGCCAGGAAGCUGGGCAUCCCUGCCACCAUCAUCGUGCCCAACACUACACCUCCCCUCACCAUCCAGAAGCUCAAGGCUGAGGGUGCCAUGGUCAAGGUCGUAGGUGAGACACUGGAUGAGGCGGUCAAGUUGGCGAAAGCUCUUGCCAAGAACAACCCGGGCUGGAUCUAUGUGCCUCCCUACGAUGAUCCCCUCAUCUGGGAAGGCCACACCACCAUUGUGAAGGAGCUGAAGGAAAACCUUCCCGUGAAGCCGGGAGCCAUCGUCCUGUCCGUGGGUGGCGGCGGCCUCCUGUGUGGUGUGGUGCAGGGCCUGGUGGAGGUGGGCUGGAAGGAUGUGCCUGUUGUGGCAAUGGAGACCCACGGGGCCCACAGUUUCAACGCAGCCACCAAAGCUGGCAAGCUGGUCACACUUCCCAAGAUUACCAGUGUGGCUAAAGCCCUUGGGGUGAACACUGUUGGGGCCCAGGCCCUGAAGCUGGCCCAGGAACACCCCAUCUUCUCGGAAGUGAUCACAGACCAAGAGGCAGUGGAAGCUAUUGAGAAGUUUGUGGAUGACGAGAAGAUCCUGGUGGAGCCGGCGUGCGGGGCGGCUUUGGCAGCUGUUUACAGUGGUGCGGUGCAGAAGCUCCAGGGAGAAGGGAAGCUCCCGGCCAAGCUGUCCAAUGUGGUGGUCAUCGUGUGCGGGGGGAGCAACAUCAGCUUGGCUCAGUUACAAGGGCUUAAAGAGCAGCUGGGAAUGAAAACUAGCUGAGCACACUCCCGCCAACUCCUCCUCCGGCAUCCUGCCAAGCAUCCCCCUCUCAGGGCUGGAGUUUUAUCCAGCGCCUUAUUUUAUUAUUAUUAUUAUAAUACUGUUGUUCUGUUGUUGUUGGGGGGUAUAUACCAAUGAGGCUGGAAGAGGCAGACCUCUUUCUGGUAGGGAGGCCAGGGCUAGGGAGAGGGCCUCCAGCCACUUGUGAACCCCUGGCCCUGUUCUGGGACUCCUACUUAGCCCCACUUUGAUCCACCCCUUCUGCCAGCCCCACAGAAACCCGGGAACCCCAGGGAUGAGAGCUGAGCCAGGUGGAAGGGAGUGGUGGAGAUGGGUCAUGGGACUUUCAUAUGGUGCCCCCAUCUCUCUCUAUCUCAGAUUAGCAAAGAGAGGCCUAUAGGUCAAAAGGGAACUGGACGGGGAGUGAGAAGCAUUGGGGUUUCUUCUCCAUAGCACCACCCCUAUUGGUUCCCUUUUCUGGGGCUGGGGAGUUAAUCAGACCCUACUCAUUUUUCUAAUGUCCAAACUGUUUCAUUAAAAAAAAAAUACAUCUAUUUAUGAAAGGUAA